AUGGAAUUACUUGAAGAGGAGAAUAAGGAAUCAUUCAAGUGGUUGGCUAAUGUACCACCUAGGGAUUUAGUUUUAUGUCGACGAUGUGGGAAGAGUGGGCAUAAUAAGAGAACAUGUACAAUUAUGUUUCUUGAAGUUUCUAAUGCUUCAACUCAAGAGGGUAAUUCUAACGAGCAAGCGUCACAUGUUGCUCAGGGAAGAGGAAGAGGGCAAGCAAUUGUUGGUGAGGGAAUUGCUGGUGUUAAGGGUAAGGGAAGACAACAUGGCACUGUUGGUGAGGGAAAGGGAAACAAAGGAGGGAGGGGAGGAAAACAACCUGCUAGUGAGAGAACAUGA